UGCUUCACGGUCAGGUGUGCUCUGACAGUCAUUAAGGAGUCUCAAUCGUCGGAAGAUAACAAGAUCGCAGUGCCUCCGUCGAACCUGUGCCAAGAUUACGCUGCCAUGCUGAAGAAGAAGGAAGGUGCUGAUGUGACGUUCAAUGUCGAUGGCCAAUUGUUCCCUGCUCACAGAUGCGUGCUCGCUGCACGGUCACCGUUUUUUCAGGCUGAGUUCUUUGGCCCGAUGAAGAAGAAGCCUGCACAGGACAUCAUGAUCGGUGACAUCAAGCCCACCAUCUUUGAGGCUCUUCUUCAGUUCAUGUACACAGAUUCCCUACCUGAUGAUUACAACGCCGAGGACAAUGUGACAGUAUGGCAGCAUCUGCUAGUUGCUGCGGAUCUGUAUGGACUAGAGAGGCUGAGGCUCAUUUGCGAAGACAAGCUGUGCUGUAGCAUCAAUGUGCAGACCGUUGCAAGCACCUUUGCUUUGGCAGAGCAACAUAGCUGUGUUCAACUUAAGGAUAAGUGCCUCCAAUUUAUUGCCUCCCGGGCUGUGCUUGGUGCCGUCAUGGAAACCGAUGGGUUCAAGGAUCUUGUCGCAAGCCGCCCUUUGGUCAUGAAGGAGAUUCUAGAUAAGGUUGCUGUUGUCAAGGAUGAUGAGUAA